AUGGUUACAGGUGUUGUUAGAUUAUUAUGUAUAACAGCUCUUCCAAUAACACCGGUAUUAGCAUUCGUGAAACGUUGGCUAUUUGGUUCAUUGUUAUGUAAAUUGGUACCGUUAUGUCAAGGAAUUUCUGUAUUAAUUUCAAGUUAUUGUUUAUGCUUCAUUGCUGUUGAUCGAUAUCGUAGUAUUGUUAUGCCAACUCGAGAGCCAUGGACAACAUAUCAUGCAUAUUCAUUAAUGGCCAUAUCUUGGCUUACUUCAGCUACCGUUUCAUCACCACUUUUUGUCACCCAACGAUUGCAACCAUUAGCACUUGAAAACACAACACUUUGUGGUUAUUUUUGCGGUGAAUAUAAUUGGCCAGCUGAUAAUCGUGUUAAACUAUUUUAUGGUUCUAUGCUACUUGUUUGUCAAUACCUCAUUCCGGUAACAAUCAUGACAUUUUGCUAUUGGAAGAUUUUACAAAAGGUUCGGGCUGAUUGGAUCGUGGCCCAGCAUUCGAUGUUAACUGCAGCCCAGCAAGCUCAAACAGCUGUUCGAAAACGACGGGUAAUGUAUGUGCUGAUAUUGAUGGUAGUUGUAUUCAUGGCAUCUUGGCUUCCAUUAACCAUUGUAAAUAUUUUCCGUGAUUUUGGAAUAGAAGCAUUUUUGGAUAUACAGAUGUAUUUCAAAUUGCUCAAUGUUCAUGCAAUAGCAAUGACUUCCAUUGUUUGGAAUCCAUUAUUGUACUUUUGGAUGAGUAAGCGGCAUCGAAAAGCAUUUAAGGAGGAUAUGAUUGGAACGGGUAAUAAUUAUCGUCGAAACAACGAACUGAGAUUAACGAAACGUUUUUUUGUGCCGAGAACUACACAACCUGGCAAUCUGCUAUAUAAUGAAAAUAAUAACCAUUAUAG